AUGGAAGAUCUCCUUGCCCAUGCUGGUGAGGAGAAAACGAAAACUGGAUACAUACAUGAAAGUUCUCCUAGACAUGGAAGAUCUCCGUGCCCAUGCAUGCUGGUGAGGAGAAAACGAAAACUGGAUACGUACAUGAAAGUUCUCCUAGACAUGGAGGAUCCCCGAGCCCAUGCUGUUGAGGAGAAGACGAAAACUAGAUACAUACAUGAAAAUUCUCUUAGAAGCUGA